AUUAGUUAUCUUUUGUACAAAAAUAAGCACUGUGUGUUUCUUUAAGGAGAUAACGAUCUAUAUAUAUAUCCGACUCACAAAAACCCUGAAUUGAAAACUGAUAAAUAUUCCUUGAGCUGAAUACUGUCACUACAAUAAAUUUGGGAUGCGUUUCGCAAUUUUUUGUCUGAUGGCUGCUACAGCUGUCUCUGUGUCCGGUGUAAAUUCUAAAAGAUAUAGUUUCUACCUCGAUCAGUCUCCAUCAACUCAAAAUACUCAUGCUUUGGCAGGACAAGGAGAUAACAACGCUCAUAAUAGGGCCAUAGUAAAUGACAUCCAACUUAAUACAAUUACUAACGAAGAUGGGUCUGGAAAUAAUGGCCCUUCUGGUGUCUACAAUGGAAAUACUCCGUUAUAUCAACGUGUCGUGGCUGAUGCAGGACAAGGCAAGAACAAUUAUGACAAUGCCGCCUUAGCACGUGGAUACCAAGAUAAUACGAUCAACAACAUAAAUCGGCCGGAAAAUCCCUCUGGUAUCGACGUACCAAAUUCUCCUACUUAUCAAGAAGCCAUUGCACGGGUUGCAAACGGAGACAAUUUGGCCGUAGCGAAUGCUGAACAAAAUAAUUCAUUGUACAACAAAAAUAAAUCUUACAUCAACGCUCCAAAUUCUCCUCUCUAUCAGAGGGCCACUGCUGAGGCAGAAGGAACAGGCAACGAUUCUCGACCACGAUUGGCCGUAGCAAAUGUUUAUCAAAAUAAUACACAAACGAACGGAAGUGACCGUCGACCUAUGUCUCAAAAAGGCACAACUGUAGCAGGAGGAUAUGGAAACUUCAAAAGUAAAGCCACAGUGAAUAAUAAACAAGAUUAGUAAAUUAACAACUUAAAUUUUCACUAUAGAUACUUUUGUCGCUGACAUAAGCAAGUUUCUUAUCAGUUGCUCAAAUGAUGAUACUCAAAAAUUUUCAAAUUUUUGUUCCUAAAGACCUGUGGUGUACUUAAUUAAUUCAUGUAUAUUCAAUUUCAAAAAUAUCCGACUUUUCAAAAAAUCUGUAAAGAUGCUUCAAAAAAUGUCUAAUGAUUGUAUGUUUGCUAAUUAAACUAAGAUAAAUACUUACUAUCUGUCAAAUUAUU